AUGUCGCCAAUCACAACAACAUCGCCUAGUCUCUUCUCUCGUGCCCACAGACCUGCAGUCUAUACACAAAAGCAGCUGCGGGGUUUCUUGGCCCUACCAGGCGAAAUCAGAAAUCAAAUCUACAAGUACUACUUCGACCAGGAGCAUCACUGCGAAGUAGCCGCAAAAGGCAGUCGGUUCAAACAGCGGGAACCCCAGACAAUCAAGUUAUGCUCGGGAAUUUCUUCACAGCAAGAUCGGACUCUUCAACCUGGUUCUGAAUCUUACAAUUCACUUGCUCCAUCCGUCGUGCGCUUCUCCAGAUCACUUGGUAAGUACAUUAUGGUACAUGGCCUACAGACCAACUGGCUCGGCUCGCUGUACUCCCUGAGUCUGGUGUGUAAGCAGGUCUACGUGGAGACGAUCAGGUUUCUCUACUGCAAGACUGUUUUCAUAUUCGAUGCGCCAAAGCGAAUGCACAGCUUCUUCGGCGUCGUGCCAAGCACUAGCCUGCAAAAUAUAACAAAGUUGCAUCUUCACUACAACACAUAUGGACAUCCUCAGCGGACCGAUCAUCAAAUCUGGCAGGACAAGCACACGCAGAGUUGGUACAAAGCAUGCGAGGCGGCUUCGAAAAAACUUAUCAAUCUUCAACAGCUACAAAUUCGCGCUCAGAUUCACGACUGUGCCCCAAAGUUUAGUUUGCGGGAGAAAUGGGUAGAGCCACUAUUCCAGUUUCGCAGAUUGACAUGUGGUAAGACACGUACGAAUGGCCACGUUGACAAUAUCGUGUUUCUCAAAACGGUCAAAGUUGACAUCCAGACUCGCUGGUCCAAGGACCCGCUGGCGGUGUUUUUGAAUAAUCAGCGUCUGGCGCGGGCAAGCACGGAGCUGCAUGUGCUGUAUGGCCAAGCCGUCAGUCUCGCAAUCAAGGGGGCCAGAGAGGAAGAAGCCAUGGCCGCGUUCAAUGCCGCGUGGGAAGGAAAGUACAAGCAUUGGAAGCAUCAUCUUCAAUUUGCUCAGACUGGCUGGUAAAGUGGGAAACUCCUCGACAGGAGCUUAGCCAACCACACGGGGGAUUCCCAUGAUUGUCUCAAGGAAAAGGUUUACAGAGUGGAGGGCUGGACUGGUCAGGAUAUCACAUAACAGUAUCAAUACAAAUGCGAAACCCAGAUUACUGAUGCAUAGUCAUACUGUAGAUUAGUUUGCUGGAUAUUGUGUGGGGAAAGGACAUUUGGUAAAGAUCAAACACCGACAGACCAUGCGUAUGAUUGUGUA